CUCCCUCAUUCGAGACGAACAACUUUUCAUCCCCCACUGCAAGAGUACACACACAUAUAAUAGUUCAACUUCUUAUUCCAUAAUGAACGCAGCUGCUCAGCAGGGUGUCGGAGGGGAACCAGUAACGACCGACUUUAGCUCCGAACCGCACACGCCUGUACUUACCCACGGAACUCAGAACACGGCGCCGACCUCUAAGGGACAUGAUUCCGCCAGGGCGGGCGAGUCAGCAGAACCUGCUCGUGGUGGUCGUCCUAUUGACGCAGAAAGUGGGUCCCGGGAGCAAGCAGCCGGUAGGAACCACAGAACGGAAAAGGUUGACAAGCUGCGCCAAAGAGCACUUGAGAAUUGUUGGGACGUGGAAGCCUGGACAGCUUGGCUCACCGAAGCGCAUGGACGUGGGGACGAAACUGGAAUACGAGAAGCGUACGAAGGCCUUUUGGAACAGUUUCCCACCGCCGUCAAAUACUGGUUGGCAUACAUAGAUUUCGAGCAGAAGCAUCGCGCUUUCAAUAAAGUCGAAGCGUUGUUUGGGAGAUGUCUUAGGAGUGUACCGGCGGUGGAGCUGUGGAGGGCUUACGUGAACUAUGUGCGAAGGAUACACUCGCCGUCGAACGCUCCGCCGGAAAGCAAGCUGGAAUCCCGCAACACGAUUUUGAAGGCUUACGAGUCUGUUCUUCAAAAUGUUGGCAACGACAAAGACGCCGGUCACAUUUGGAGCGACUACAUCAACUUCAUCAAGAGUGGAGAGACGACGUCAAUAUAUGAGGACCAGCAACAAAUGGACUCGCUCCGACGUGCAUAUCAUCGUGCCAUAUGGAUCCCUUUGACAAACAUAGAACAGCUCUGGAAGGAUUAUGAUACCUUCGAGAAUGGUCUCAAUAAACUCACGGCCAAGAAAUUUUUGUCGGAAAAGUCCGCCGGGUAUAUGACAGCGAGAACUGCACUUCGAGAGUUGAAGCACCUUUUGGAGCCCAUAGAAAAGGCUCAAAGGACAUGGAUGGCAAAACCUCCUAGUUGGACAGAGAAGCAUGUGCAAAUCUUAGCAGCUUGGAAGAAGUAUAUUGCCUGGGAGAAAGCGAACCCGCUACGCCUGGAAGAUAAGAACGGGUGGAUCAGCAGAGUGACGUUCGCAUACAGAUCCGCUCUGCUGAUGUUGCGAUUCUACCCGGAAAUCCAUUAUGAUGCGGCUAUGUUUUUGAAGAGCGUGGGGCGGACCGAGGAGGCUGCCACAAUGUUGAAAACCGGAGCUGAUACUCUGCCAACAAGUCUUCUGUUGAACUUAUCAUUUGCCGAGCUUGAAGAAUCUCGCAAGAAGGAUUUCGCGGAGAUUGCCAAAAUAUUCGAGAAGCUGAUCACCCAAUUAGAAGCGGAAAUCGACCAGAUUAAUAAACGAUACGACGCCGAGCGGGAGUCGCUGCUACAGAGUUUACAGCAAGGUGAUGAUAUUUCCGGCGCGGAUGACUGGGAUGGAGAGCGAAGAGAACGAGAGCGCGAAAAGCAAAAGGUCCGACAGCAAGAAGUUGAAGAGAAAGUGGAAGAGCGGCGGAAGAAGGAUGUGCAAGACAUUAAAGAAGCGCUUGCACUCGUAUAUGUAACCUAUAUGCGUACAUCGAGACGAGCCCAAAGCAUCAAUGCGGCUCGUCUCAUAUUCACAAAGGCACGGAAAAGCCCCCUUUGCACAUAUCAUGUCUGGGUUGCGGCAGGCUUGAUGGAAUACUACAGUAAUAAAGACGCAAAUGUGGCCGGCCGCGUUUUUGAGAUUGGCCUCAAAACCUUUAAUCCGGCCGAACAUCCACACGCGCCAGACUUCAUCUUGCACUACCUGGACUUUCUUAUCCAUCUUAAUGACGAUAAUAACACACGUGCAUUAUUCGAACGGGCACUAGCAGCAUUACCGCCCCAGAGAGCGAAGCCUGUGUGGGCGAAACUGCUGGCGUAUGAAACGGAGAAUGGCGACUUGGCAAAUGUGUUGAAAACCGAGACAAGGCGUGCGGAGGCGUAUCCUGAAGAUCAGAAGAAUCCUCUGGCGACCUUGAAUGUCGUAGCAGAAAGGUGGAGCUUUCUUGGGAUUGACCAUGUUGGGGAAACCGAAUUAGGUUUAUCAGCACAAAAGGCAAUAUACAGCGGCGGAGCCAUUCCAAACCCAGCCCCGUCCCAGGCAGCGGCAGCGGCCACCCAGAGUAAGGCCGUUGCCGACGACCGUAGCGGUGGACGUCGCUUCCAGAGCCUCGAAUCGUACCAUCCAGAGAGGUACCCACGGCCGGAUAUGGCCAAGUGGGUCAGUUAUAAACCCGAGCCAACCCCCGCAAAUGCGCAACAGCAGCUGCAGCAAGAAAACGCCGGAGGUCAGAUUUCGGCUACUGGAAGUCCGCGGCCCCCCCCGGCUAGCCUUAACGCAGUCGACAAACGAGGCCCUGGCGCGAUGGUGCCGGAAGCUGUUGCGAGGCUGCUGUCCGUCUUACCUGCGGCGGCUCUGUACAAUGGUGGGUUUAGCUUUAUGUGCCUCGAUCGGAAUUUGGCGCCUCAAUGAUUUCCUCUCAAUCGAUCAGGCCCAACACUGCCAGUCCAUGACAUUAUCGACCUGUUCCGCCAGAUCCCGCUGCCAAUACCUCCAAAUCCGCCAACGAUGGUUCACGUGCCCUUCAUCUCGAGACAACCCGCUGUAGCUUCCCGAGGAGAAUC